AUGGCGCCAAAGAAAAAUUUGAUAAAUGCCUACAAGGCAAUGAAGGACCUGGGGUAUUCUCAAAAUAUUGUGAGGCCAAUCGUGAAACAGCUUCUCACAUUGUAUGAAGAUAACUGGACUCUCAUUGAAGAAGAUAACUACAAAGUUCUUAUUGAAGCUAUUCUAGAUAGCGAGGACAAUAAGGCACAAGGCACUAAGUCAAGAAAACCGAAUAGAAGGUCCGAGGAUGAGGCUGAAAAAGACGAGCCACUCGUAAAGAGGCCUCGACUGAACAACCUCCAGAAAAAUCAGUCAUCAUCAGAACCGAUUAAUACUUUCACGACAGGCUGUAGCAUUGAGGUCAAGAAUGAAACCCGUGGCAAGCAAACAUUGGCUGAGGUUACUCCCGAGAAGCAUCAGGAUGAAGAUAACGAGCUCAGUGGUUCACACAUCCGAAAGUACUAUAAACGCAAGUGCAAGAAUUCGGUGGAGCAAGAAACGUCAUCUGAACUCAAUUAUGAUGAAGAAAUUGACAGAUAUUGCUCCAUGGUGCCCAACGAGAACAUGGAAUAUUUUGGAGAGGAAUCUGAUUUACGUCCUCCUGAUUUUACUUGGAUGGGUGAUAAUGAGACCCCGGGUGAUGAUAGUUUCGAGGUUCCUCUUGCGGUGCUUCCUCCAGAUCCUCCUAUCCUCCUACUGCAACAAAGCUCAUACGAGAAUUGCUCCGAUGCCAAAGAGAGUUGCUUUAAAUAUCCCGAAGUGAUCAAUUUGGAUCCAGACGACACAUAUCUUGACAUGCUUCCUAAAGACUCUUGUUCCCUUGGAAAUAGUUCUAAGUUGGAACAAAUUCAUUCAGAACCUGUGAUCUAUAAAAAUCCCGAUGCCGAAAAGAUUGAACAGGACGGUCAAGAUUCUCUCAAGCUCGAUCUUGCCACCUCAUCGAAAGGCGAUUCCAAAAUUUCAAUCUCCAUCAAUGCUUCAGUAGGACCAGAAUUUCGUGUCCCGAAUAUAGAGGAAGUUUUGAAGCUGGUCGAGGAUCAAUGCAUAAGGUCGUACAAAAUCCCUCAAGCCGGCUUUUCUUUGCUGGGAAUCAUGAAUGAAGUUUGCCAACGUUUUUUAGCCACGGGUACCACCUCAGCAAAUACUGAAGAACUGGGACCUGAGAAUGAAAUAUCGGCUCUCGGUGUUUCAGAAGAACCUCAUUCGGAAAUUGGUUCAUACGAGGACACUAACUUGCAGCAGCUCAGUCUUAUCAGUGUGCCAACCAUUUCGAAUGAUCCAGUCACGAUUAAAAACGUUUUUGAGGUUUCAUCUGAAAUUUCGAGGUUUUUCGGGUCGGGCAACAUGGGCUUGAGUCGUCCCAUGACGUACUUAAACAUGAUGGAUGCGAGUGGUGGUCUUGUAAUGACUGAUGGAGAAAUUAAGGAAAUAGAUCCGAGUGUCGCAUGUUCUUCCCACGAGUUAGUGGUUUACCAGACCAAGGCCCGUGAUAUUUAUGUUCCAGACAUCACUAAAGGUCACGAAGCUUGCGAAAUUUCCUUAAUAAAUGAGAUAAAUGAAGUUAAGGGUCCCAAAUUCCAGUACAUUCCAAAAAGCGCAACGUACAUGACUGCAUGCAUGACAUUUCCACUUGCGCGUGUAUCUGGAAAUGAUUGCUGUUCGGAUUGCCUCGAGGACUGCUUAUCUUUGGAAAAUCCUUGUGCUUGUGCUGGAAAAACAAGGCAUGAGUUUGCUUAUACUCAGGGGGGCUUACUGAAGGAAACUUUCUUGAAUGAUUUCAUUUGUAAGAGUCAAUCGUUGUCCAAACGCGAUUUUUUCUUCUGUCAAGACUGCCCUCUGCAAAGAUGUGAGAACUCAUUAAGAAAAUGCAUGGGCCACAUGACUCGGGAUUUCAUAAAGGAGUGCUGGUACAAAUGUGGUUGCAGCCUCAGUUGUGGAAAUCGAGUUGUCCAGCGAGGAAUCACGGCUAAGUUGCAGGUGUUUAUGACGCCCGAAGGCAAAGGAUGGGGUCUUAGAGCACUGGAGGACUUACCGAAAGGCGCUUUUAUAUGCGAAUAUGUAGGAGAAGUUGUCACAAUAAAAGAGCUAUUAGAAAGAAACGAGAAAAAUAGCAACGAAAACAACCAUACCUUCUCUGUUGUACUCGAUGCCGAUUGGAGUUCGAAGCCUGUUUUGAAGGAAAACGAGGCUCUUUGUCUGGACGCGUCCUUUUAUGGUAAUAUCGCGCGGUUCAUUAAUCACAGGUGUUUCGAUGCCAACUUGGUUGGGGUCCCUGUUGAGAUGGAGUCUCCAGAUCAUCACUAUUACCAUCUGGCUUUCUUUGCAACAAGGGAGAUUAAUGCUUUGGACGAAUUAACUUGGGACUAUGGAGUUGAAUUUGAUGAUCGUCGUCUGGUGAAAGCUUUUGAGUGCCGGUGUGGUAGUAAAUUCUGCAGGGAUCGUUCAUCUGGGAGGAAUUUGGGGACCUUUUAG